AUGGAGAAAGACAACACCAGCUCUUUCGAAGGCUUCAUCCUGGUGGGCUUCUCCGACCGCCCCCACCUAGAGCUGAUCCUCUUUGUGGUCAUCCUCACUUUUUACCUGCUGACUCUUCUUGGCAACAUGACCAUCAUCUUGCUUUCCGCUCUGGAUUCCCGGCUGCACACACCAAUGUAUUUCUUUUUGGCCAACCUCUCAUUUCUGGACAUGUGUUUCACCACGGGCUCCAUCCCUCAGAUGCUCUACAACCUUUGGGGCUCAGACAAGACCAUCAGCUAUGUGGGCUGCGCCAUCCAGCUCUACUUCGUCCUGGCGCUAGGAGGGGUGGAGUGCGUCCUCCUGGCCGUGAUGGCCUACGACCGCUACGCUGCGGUCUGUAGACCCCUGCACUACACCGUCAUCAUGCACUCUCGACUCUGUGGGCAGCUGGCUUCAGUGGCAUGGCUCAGUGGCUUUGGCAAUUCCCUCAUAAUGGCACCCCAGACGUUGAUGCUAUCCCGCUGUGGGCACAGGCGGGUGGACCACUUUCUCUGUGAGAUGCCAGCACUAAUCAGCAUGGCCUGCGUAGACACCAUGAGCCUUGAGGCGCUGGCGUUCGCCUUGGCAAUCUUCAUCAUCCUGGCACCACUCAUCCUCAUUCUCGUCUCUUAUGGCUAUAUAGCGCGAGCGGUGUUUCGGAUCAAGUCAGCCACUGGGCGAAAGAAAGCCUUCAACACCUGCAGCUCCCACCUAAUCGUCGUCUCUCUCUUCUACGGCACCAUCAUAUACAUGUACCUCCAGCCAGCAAACACUUAUUCCCAGGACCGGGGCAAGUUCCUCACUCUCUUCUACACGAUCGUCACUCCCAGUGUUAACCCCCUGAUCUACACACUGAGAAACAAGGAUGUUAAAGAAGCCAUGAAGAAGGUGCUGGGGAAGGCGGGUGCAGAAGGAUAGCAAAAGUUUGCGGAUUGUCUUUUGACCUGUCUUCUGUCUACAUUGUUAGGCGUAGCAAAUGGAGGACUCUCUGACAUCACAGACAGAAGAGGCGCUCAACGAGACGGGGAGCUCAGUGUUUAGAGAGGCUGAGAAGAUGCGACAUUCCUGAGUCUGCCUGUAAGCCAGGCACCAAUCACUAGGAGGGCUGCAUUUCGGGACCAAACAAUGACGCACGCUUACAAAAUACCAGCCA